AUCCCACAUGCUUUGCAAUGGCCACUAAUCCAAGACAGUACAUUGAAGAAGAAGCUGAUAAAAGAGGACUAAAGCUAUCUUAUUCUACUCCUGUACUAGCUACUGGCAGCUCCACUCCGCCUCCAUCUACAAUCUUUCCUGGCUCUACUUGCUAUUACGUUUGCAUUACUUUUGGCAAUGACAAUUACCACGGAUACGGCCCAACUCCUUUCAUAGCUCGCACAUCCGCUGAAUUGGAGGCAGCGACAAAUAUUUAUAAGAAGUCAACGCAAAAAGAGGCCUGCCAAAGGAAGCCGUCACUUAAUAGUACCAUGGUCUUGUGUAGCCAGACGAAAAAUACUAAUAAUAGCAACAACAAUAAGGCGACUAAUAAAUGUGCCAAAAGAAAGAACACUGAUCAUCAUGGGAAAAUAAAUAACGUUGAGCAAUCAGUGACACAGCUGAAAAAUCAAAUUGAUUCGUACAUGUUGUCUCAAGUCUCGUCCCUUUCUCCUUUAGCCACACCUUUUGUCCCCGAGUCCUCAGGCUUCUCCUUGCUGCCAACUCCCCAUUGCUUGCCUCUCCCUGUAUUCUCUAAUAUAGUUCAGUCAUCUUGGUUUCAGCCAACUUCGUCUCCUCCUGUUUCUCUGUCUCCUCUUCCUCCUCCCCCCUCUCUUCCUCCUACUCCUUCUUUCCCUUCUCCUCCUCCUCCUAUUUCUCCUCCCCCUAUCUCUCCUCCCCUUCCUCCUCCUAUCUCUCCUUCCCCUCCUCCUCCCCCACCUGCCAAUGUAGAAAGAAGAGAGUGUACAUAUAAUGUACCAAGGACAGCUGAGGAGGCAAUGAAUACGUUAAUGGCGUCAUCACUGCAGCAGACUAAUGAUAAUGCUGCUGACGAAGACGAAGAUGAUAAUAUCACAUAUAGCUAUAAUACGACAAUGGAGCGGAACCUUACCGAGACUUUGGUUGACGUUGCGUAUCGUAAAGGAUACAUCGUUCAGUUUGAGAUUGAGUAUCGACUCGAGAGACAAGAGCAAAUGCAAGGAAAUAAGUAUGUUGUCGUGAAGGCUAUAGCUGGCCCGAUGACCUCUACUGGGAGUAACAGGAGGAAGAAUGAUGCUAAAAGGAUAGCCAGUCUAAAAUUAUUGCAGUUAUUAAAGAAAUGUCACGAUGCACCUUUAGAAACUGCGUCAGUCCAUCAACUUACCAACACUUUGGUUGAGACUGAUUCCUGUUCUGCCCAAGCUGAUUCCCAUUCUCCUGAUUCUGAGGAUCAGGAAUCAAUUAUUCAAAAUUUAGCUGCCGAGUGUGGUUGGCCUCAGCCUGAAUACAUCACGUGUUCGUACAGCGUUCCUUUCAAGUACUUUAUGUGCGUCAUAAAGAUAAUGUCUAUAUCAGGAAUAGGUAUGGGAGAUACUGAAGAAUGUGCUAAAGCUGUUGCCAAUUCCCACAUUAUAUCAACACUAAUUGAGUGUGUCAGUCAACAAGAAGAAAUUAAUUCAUUUGAAGAUAACGAAGACAUAAAAGAUGAAGUGAGGAACGAAACAAUGAAACAAGACAAUACUCCAUUAGAACCUGCCUGUUCUCAAUCACCACUAAUCACUAUCUCUGUACCUCAUUCUGCUUCACAAGCAUUGGAAUCAAAAGAUGAUCAAUUUAUCUCAAGUAAUUUGACAUCUUGUGCUAGUCAAAUAUCAGCCGAUGAUACCGAUCAUCAGCUAUUGGAUGAAACAAUGUUAACUCAAGUCUCAUCUGAUAUCGUCUUCUCUCAAAGUUCAAACACAACUGAUCAAUGCUGCAGUCAAAUAGUUUCUGAUAUUUCUUCUCAAGGCACCAUACGAGAGCUUGAUCACGUUGACGCUGAUAUCAAGACGUUUUAUGAUCAGCUUGCAUCUCAAAUUAGUUCUCAAGAGUUUUCUCUCGAAAUAAAUGAUGAAUAUUCAACUGAUUCGUCAUCUUCUAUUGAUUUUGAUGCUCUGCUUUCAAAUUCUGUAUCAGCUGUGAGUCAUGAUACUGAUUCCAGUCAUUACGAGAUCAAAUAUGAGAAGGAGACAGAAGAUGUUAAUGGAGAGGUUGGGCAUAUCACCUUACUGCAUCACCCCGGUAUUGCUCUCAAUUCAGAAUCAUCAAUUCUUCAAUUUGAAUCACCAGUAGUUAAUCCGGUACUGGCCUCAGUGUUAUCUCAUGCUGAUUCUGAGCUGAUAAAUCAACCUAUGUUGCUCACUAUAUCUACUGAGCCAGGAAUUGCUGGAGUAGAAGCUCCUAACAUUAUUGAUGGAGCUUUUAUUUCAGAGGGCCCACCUGGUCAGCUUUUGUUUGUAUCAGAUGGGUCUGAUGAUGAAAGUGAAGUGAAUGAGCUGAAUGUUGUAGUUGGAGAUGAAGGUGCUUGCUGUAUUCCUUCUGAAGGAUCUCUUUUAUAAAGUAAACACACACUGGCGUAACCUUUUGUUGCGACCUUGGUUAGUAUAAUUCAAAUGACCGUUUAUCAUUUAUUCAUUCAUCCAAUCAUUAGUUUUUUUAUUAUUGUAAUGCUUCGACUAUGGCUCUAGUUUCUCAGUAAAACAUUUCAGUUUUGUUACUACAUUCAUCAUUUAUCAUUUUGCUCAUGAUUUAGUAUUCAUUCAUUCAAUUUACAUUUUGGCUUUGAGGUCAAUCAUUUUUCUAAUUUUGAUAAUGUUGCAUUUGUCUUCGUUGUUACACCAGUAGGUGUAGAUAUACAAAGAGAGAUUGAGUUGUUAUUUUGGCUAAUGUGUUAGCACUUACGUUACACGUUAGGUCAUUCAAAGUACUAUACAUUUCUAUAUUUUCACCUUGCACCAGUGAGCCACUCAUUCAAACUGUCAGAAUGAAUUAUUCUUUCCUUCUUGUCUUGUGUCUCUGCUUUUGUCUCGUGCACAUUUGCACUGGACGUAAUCAUACAUGUGAUGCACAUGAUUAUAAAAUUCCACCAUACUUUUUUUGGAUGGCUGUGGCGUCGUCAGUGUUUUUUUUCAUUUGGGGUUGUGUGAGUUGGUGCUACUGCUGUGGUGAGACAUGCUGUAAAUGCUGCAGUAGGUCAGGGAGAUACAAUGUGACAAGAGAAAGAGUUCGCAUGAAAAAAGCGUAAGUUUAUAUAUUAAAAAUCUAAAAGAUUAUCUAAUAGAUAUUUGUAGGGUGGACUUCAAUGGUUAUAAAGAAGUUGCCAUUUCUGCUGACAACAAUGAGAACUUUCCUUUAGAGCAAGCAAUGAAUGAGCACAAUUCUUUUAUAAGCAAACCUUUAGAAACAACAGUAACUCAUGUCAACGUCCCUGCUCUAGUUUUAAACAUACCUUCUUUGAUCGUUAACGUGUCUGCUACUUCAGCUUUGCCUUCACAGGAAAAAGAUGCAAUCGGUUCUUUUCAGAUAGCGGAAGUUUCUGAGGUCCCUUCACCAAAAAAGUCUGAUGAUGUUCAAGAUGAUGCUAAGCCUUGCAAAAAAGAAAGUGAAGAAAAAUUAGCUCUUGAAAUUAAUUCAUCUCCUCAAAAUUCGAGUUUUGUUAUCCCUAUCGCUAAAGAGCAUGUUGAAACAACUAAUGAUUCAAAGGAAGUGCAAGCUCAAGAGAAAGUUCAUGAUUCAAAAGAAGUGCACAUUGAUGAUUCAGAGGAUGAAGAUUCCAAAGUCCCAGAGUACAAUAAAUCGAAUGAUCAUAUAAUUUGCGAGCCCACACUGCCUGACGCCUGCGAGAAGUUGAACAUGCGGAGUGAUUCAAAUGAGCAGAUGGAUGCAUCUGAUUCAGAGGAUGAAGAUUCCAAAGCUCCAGAGUACAAUAAAUCGAAUGAUCAUAUAAUUUGCGAGCCCACACUGCCUGACACCUGUGAGAAGUUGAACAUGCGGAGUGAUUCAUUCGAGCAGAUGGAUGCAUCUGGUACUACUUCUCAUCCGUAUGAGCGUAUAAAUAUGUCACUGCUUGAUGCUCCUUCACAUCCUUAUGAAACUAUAAAACGUGAUGAUUCAUAUGAAGACAUGAAUGUAUCAAGCUUUCAAUACGAGCGAGUAGACUUUAGUACAUAAAAUGCAUUAUAAUGCAGUAAUUAUUGAUUAAAAUGUGUUUUAUGACUGUUUUUACUAAUUCUUGUUAUUUCAUCAGUUGUGAAACAGAAUCUUCAUUAGCUUAAUAAAAAGCACAUGCAUAAUCACACCAUAGCAUGAUAGGUUUUGCAUAUGCAGCAUGUGCUUUAUUUACUCGUUCUAUAGCUGUUGAUGAUUUCAUUAUUCAUUUACACAGUGGGUGGAAUGCGCUAGCUCCUUUGAGUUUAUAGCUAGUUAGUCUUUCCUUAUAUCACUGUUAGUCUAGCUACUACCAAUCCAAAGAUCAUGAAGUAUCUUCUCUUACUAUGCUUCUUUCUCUUUACUGUCUGUAUAAAUGGUGAAAAUGAUGAUGAUGAUGAUGCUGAUUUCAGUGAUAAAGUAAAAUGUUACUUUGACUCUCAACCAGUUGUAAUGUGGUCAAUAGUUGGAGUCUUCCUGGCCACUCUCUCCUUUUGCUUGAGUGGAUGCUUUUGCUGCUUCUGUGCAAUGUAUUAUAGGCAGAAAUGAAAAGACUUUUGGGAAGUAGGGAUAAUGAAAACUUCUUUAGUAGACUAUUAUAUAUUUGCUGCUUGUAUAUUUUUAUAAUAUAGUAUUAUGAGUUUUCAUUAUAUUUAUGUAAAGUGUGACAUGUUGUAACAGUAGGUGUGGAUAAACAAGGACACAUUAGCAUGUUUGUUUAGUGUAGAUGACUUAAGUUUAUUCAAAACUGACAAAAGACACACACUCUAUAUUCUUGAAGCAGUAGUGUAGGAUCUGCAGUGAAGAAUGAAGCUCUCUUUUCUUCUCCUCUUAUUAGCAUGGACAUGCUUUUUAGUGAUCCCUUGCUCUUCUAAAAAUGAAUGGUAUGAAGAAGAGUCUCUGAACAUUAGAGAAAAUUCAGAAGAAGAUCAUGAUAAUGAUAAUUCAACAUCUUGUCACUUUGAUUAUAUCUUUGGUGAUAUAAUGCUUGAUAACUCGACUGUCACAAUCAUAAUCUGGUCAGCUGGUGGUGUAGCACUAUGCUGUUGUACUUUUGGGUUUGUUGGCUGGUGCUUAUGUUGCUUUUUCUUUUGCAAGAGUCGCCGCUCAUCUAGAAGAAAACCCAGAAUAUAUACAACAAGAGUUGAUGAAAUAUCUCCUGAAAGAGGGAAUGUACAAUUAACGAAUGUGCUUUACAGUAGUGUAAAUACUAACAUUGAAGGAGAAAAAACCAAAAGUACUACUGAAGAGAAACCAAUAGAAAAACCCAAGGAUAAAGCAAAUGAAGGAAAAGAAAAAGCUGAAAAUGUCACCAAACCAACAGAGCCUGCAGUAGCAUCAGUAGAAGAGAGUGCAACCAUUGAAGCAACAGGAAGCAAGAUGUCACCUGAUCCAGGAACUGCAUCGGAACAUGCUGCAACAGCAGAAUCUGCUAAUGAAACAAAAGGCGAAGAGUCACAAAGCAAAGAAAAGCAAGAGGGAGAGAUAGAUCAACAAUCCGCUCCAGUUAUGACAACAGAUAGCUCUGAGAAAAACAAACAACCAGACGUAGAGCAACAAGAUGACAUAGAUGCUGUGCUUAACGCUGCAGUAAUGGAUCUCCUCACUCUUCAAUCGUUUGGUACUGAAAGCAAAGAGAAAGAUAAAGACCAGCUUAUUAGCAGUACUGAUGCAGAGGAGCCUUUGUCUUCAAGUGCAAGAAUAGCAGACAUCAGUAAUCCCAUUGUUAUUGAACUUUGAUGAAAGCAACAUUCAGUGUUUAUAGGAACAUCUUUUGUAGUAUAGUACAUAUAUUUUUAUUUAUUUUGUUUUGUUGUUGCUUGCAAUGUGUAGUGUAGUGCAUUCUUUCUUCUACUAAACAGCAAACAUCUCAAUUUUAACGCA